AGAGAAUAUGAGAUUUAUUUAUUUGGAAAACAUAUUUGGUGACGUGAUAUUAUUUGUUCACUGUAUAUAUACCUUGCUACAUCUAUUGUCUUCGAUUGAUUAAUUUUCAGGUUGAAAAUUUUGAGGUUAUAAGUUGAAAUGUAUAAUUAUUGUGUGUAAGUUUGAUGGAGAUGUGUUGUAUUUUAAUUUGUUAGUUAGAAUAUAGUUAAUUAUUUGUGAGAUUAUUAUAAGUGAAGAAAAGAAAAAGAAAAACAUCCAUAAGGUUUGAAGAAAGCCAUGGGGAAAUUGAAUACACAAAAGAAGCAUGGUUGGUUAUGGAAGUAAAGUUAAGAAAAAAGGAAAAAGAGGGGAAAAGAAGAAGAUGAAAAGAAAAGAGAUAGAGAAAGGAAGGUCGUUGAAGGUUGAAAACUUGUAUAAGCCGGCAGUGAGGGGCAAUGGUAGGUGGAAAAGAAAAACAGAGGAAAGCUUAACUUCAAGGUAAUGGCGACACUGCAACCAACGACACCAUCUCUAAUGUGGACACUUUACGUAAGAGAGUCACAGUGUUGAGCUCCCAAAUCUCAUAUUUCUUGUCAUUCAUAAAGCAAUACUCCAUUGUUUGAGUCCUCCUUGCUAAUUCACUUCCACAAUGGAAGCCAGCGCCGGACUCGUCGCGGGCUCUCACAACCGCAAUGAACUUGUUGUCAUUCAUGGCCAUGAAGAGCCUAAGCCUUUGAAGAAUCUGGAUGGUCAAGUUUGUGAGAUUUGUGGUGAUGAGAUCGGGGUGACAGUAGAUGGAGAUCUAUUUGUGGCCUGCAAUGAGUGUGGUUUUCCGUUUGUAGGCCUUGCUACGAGUACGAAAGGAGGAAGGCACUCAACAGUGUCCUCAGUGUAAAACUAGAUACAAGCGUCUCAAAGGAAGUCCUAGAGUGGAAGGGGAUGAAGAUGAAGAGGAUGUGGAUGAUAUCGAACACGAAUUUAACAUCGAUGAUGAACAGAACAAGCAUAGGAAUGUGGUGGAAUCCAUUCUUCAUGGGAAGAUGAGCUAUGGAAGAGGCCCUGAAGAUGAUGAAACUCCUCAAAUUCCUCCUGUUAUAACUGGUGUCCGAUCUAGACCGGUGAGUGGGGAAUUCCCAAUAGCAGGUGCUCUUGCUUAUGGCGAGCAUAUGUCAAAUUCUUCUCUUCAUAAACGAGUGCACCCAUAUCCCAUGUCUGAAACUGAAGGAGCAGCAAGAUGGGAUGAUAAGAAAGAGGGAGGAUGGAAAGAGAGGAUGGAUGAUUGGAAAAUGCAGCAAGGGAAUCUCGGUCCCGAAGCUGAUGAUGCGUAUGACGACAUGUCCAUGUAAGUAGUGCUCGGCAUGGGAGAAUUUUGUUAAUUUAUUUCAUUUUUCUUAAUUUUAGUGAUCAAGAUUAUCUCAAAUUUAAAACUACCUAGUUAAAAGUAAGAUAGGCUUAUUUUGAACAUAUAUAUUUUAUAUAAAUAUCAUGAUACCCAUAUCAACAA